ACUAUUCCGGGCACGAAGGAGUUAAAAUUUGUUACAGCGCAACCAGCUGACUGACCACGUGACUUUGCGGAAGCGAAAGUAACAAUAACAUGAGCAGAUUCUUCUGACCCGUGGCGUGCAAAAUGGUGCACAGUCUGGCGUUUCUUCUCGUCUUUGGUUGUCUUUGUUUGUCAAAAACUGCAGCCGAAGAGUCAGCAGCGGACUGCGGCUGUAACAAGCUGAAAAGAGCCGCUGCUGAGGAGCCGGCGGAGGAGAGGACCGAGUCUCCGGCUCAGAAGUACUCCAGAGGCGCCAACCAGAGGCUGUCAGAGGCUCAGGGAGAUGAGAAGAAAAGUGAAAGAGGGAUGGUACUGCUUCAGGGAGGAGAGUUCCUGAUGGGGACAAAUGACGCAGGCGUCCCUGCUGAUGGUGAGGGCCCUCAGAGGUUGGUGCACGUGGACCCUUUCUACAUGGAUGUCCAUGAGGUUACUAACAGACAGUUUCAGAGCUUUGUUGAGGCUAGAAACCACGUCACUCAGGCAGAGGAAUUUGGAGACUCGUUUGUAUUUGAGGGACUUUUGAGUGAUAGUGUCAAAAACCAAAUCACUCAAGCAGUAGCUGCUGCCCCCUGGUGGUUGCUUGUCAAAGGGGCGGACUGGAAGCACCCAGAAGGUCCAGACUCGACAUCAGCAGACAGGCUGGACCAUCCUGUUCUCCAUGUGUCUUGGAAUGAUGCUGUCGAAUACUGCUCCUGGGCCAACAAGAGGCUUCCUACAGAGGCAGAGUGGGAGUACGCUUGCAGGGGAGGCCUCAAAGACCGACUUUACCCCUGGGGAAACGAGUUGUACCCAAGAGGAGAACACUAUGCCAACCUCUGGCAGGGAGAAUUCCCCAACCAUAACUCUGGAGAGGAUGGAUACGUCAAAACCUCACCAGCGAUGACCUUUCCUGCAAAUGGUUUUGGUCUGUAUGACAUGGUCGGUAAUGCAUGGGAAUGGACCGCAGACUGGUGGACUGUGAUUCACACCACAGACCGUCAACAAAACCCUACGGGUCCUACAUCAGGUACAGACAAAGUGAAAAAGGGAGGGUCGUACAUGUGCCACAAGUCUUACUGUUACAGAUACAGAUGUGCAGCCCGAAACCAGAACACGCCUGACAGCUCUACCUCUAACGUUGGAUUUCGUUGUGCCUCUAAUGCCCAAAAGUGACUUGAGCUACUUCUCUGAAACACUGGCUGUCUGAGUGCUGUCUUAUAAAAGACACUGUGAAGAGUUCUUAACUGAUUAUGAAACAGUGUCUAAUGUCUUACACUGAUUCAUCGCCAUGACCCACAUAGUAAAAUGAGAUUAUCAACAAAAUGAUGGUUACUUCCUUGGUUGGAUUUUCCAGAGAGAAAGCUGCUUGAUAACCAACACAUAACCUGAAGGGGCUUUAUUAAGUGAUAUGCAGGUAAAGUUUGGCAUGGAGAAGUAAGUUAGCAGCAAGUGAAGGUUUUUUUUGUUUUUUUUUAUGGAGGAAGGAGCACUUCAUGGACUCAAAAAAGGUGAAAGCUUGAGGUGCUCUUUCAAGGCACUCUGUCGAACGGUUAAAAUGCCUUCAUUUUCAUGGCAUGGUCAUGUUGACCUUAAAAACACACUUCUACCCAUUUCAACAUUCAGCUUUUUCCUUUAGAUAAAGAGAAUAAAUAUUUUACAAUAUAUUUUGGACGUUUUAGUUUUUUACAAAGAAACUCUUCAACCAGGGCUUUGCUCAGUUAAAGAGCAAACUUGUUCUGAGCAGGAUUUAAUGUUUGUCAGCAUGUGAAUGUUUCACUUCUCUUUGAGGACGAAAGAGUCAAACAGUUAAUGCAACAUAAAUGCUCCUCGCUGUGCCUGUACGAUUACAUAUACAGAAGGCUGGUCUGAAAUGAAAAAUAUCUAACUGUCUGGCAGAUGUGUGGACUUUUAUAAAUUUGUGUAUUUCUGAUAUUUUAUAAGCCAUAAAGAGAGAUAAUUGGUUUUGUAAAAAUUGCUAAAAUUUGUGGUGAGAAAGUCCAUAUGAAGUUUCUGAGCUGCUGCUUUCAGAAUAGCUGUAGAAUAAUUUUUAUAUCUGUAAUAAAUGGAAUACUUAACAUUCCUGUCUGUCUUCAUUGACAUGUAAUGUAAGCUAAUGUGUAAUGAUGGAUUUUUUGUUUUUGUUACUUUGUGUUAAACUUCUGUUGUCCAAGAUAACUCAAAUUGUAUAUUGGGUCUUGAUCAAAUAAAGCCAAACUGGACCCUUUUUGUCAUAA